AUGAAUGGAUCUGUAGUGGAAAACGUAGAAGGUGAAAACAAUUCAACUGAAGAUUGUGGGUCAGACGGACGUGUAACAGUUCAUCUCUGGAAAAAAACUUGGGAUGAAAAAAUAGACUCGUUGGUGAGGCAAGCUUCGGCAAGGAAAGCGGAAGCCAGGAACUCCCGGCAAUUAAAAUGGAAUAUAGAUGAAUACAAGCUAAAAUCCGAGCAGCACAAGAAAAAUAGGUGUAACAAUGUGGCUGAUGGAGUAGCACGACCUACACAUAACGCUGGAUCCGCAAGUCAUUUGAGGAUAGGUUCUGAUUUGAAGAGCAAAUUAGAACGUGAUCCACCCCAUAGUGAAUUGUUCUUGUAUACACACACGAAGAAUCAUGAUGGAGUCGCUUUCACAAUUGAAAAAAAUAGACAAAUGCAUGCGGCUUAUACAAAAAAACAUGAAGAGUUGGAAGCUGAAGGUGCUGAAUUUUAA